CCGUUCCCCGUGCGCUGGUGCCUCAGCGGCUGGCUUCUCCCGGCGGCGCCCCGCCCGCCCCCGGUGCCUCGCCCCUGGACAGGAAUAGAAGAUGAACAAACCCAUAACACCAUCAACAUAUGUGCGCUACCUCAGUGUUGGACUAAUUAGGAAGCUGUCAGAUUUUAUUGAUCCUCAAGAAGGAUGGAAGAAGUUAGCAGUAGCUAUUAAAAAACCAUCUGGUGAUGACAGAUACAAUCAGUUUCACAUAAGGAGAUUUGAAGCAUUAAUUCAAACUGGAAAAAGUCCCACUUGUGAAUUACUGUUUGACUGGGGAACCACAAAUUGCACAGUCGGUGAUCUUGUGGAUCUUUUGGUCCAAAAUGAGUUUUUUGCCCCUGCGAGUCUUUUGCUACCAGAUGCUGUUCCCAAAACUGUUAAUACAUUACCUCCUGAAGAAGCUGUAACAGUUCAGCAGACACAGAUGCCUCUCUAUGGCAAAGACAGGACAUCUGCUUUACCUGUGCAGAAUCUUGAACAAAACUAUAUGCCACCUGACUCCUCAAGUCCGGAAAAUGGAAGUUUAGAAGGUAGUGAUACACGUUUUCACUGUUUUUCAUUUUAUGAAUUGAAGAACGUCACAAAUAACUUUGAUGAACGACCCGUUUCUAUUGGUGGUAACAAAAUGGGAGAAGGAGGAUUUGGAGUUGUGUAUAAAGGAUACGUGAACAACAGAACUGUAGCAGUGAAGAAGCUUGCAGCGAUGGUUGACAUUAGCACUGAAGAACUGAAACAACAGUUUGAUCAAGAAAUAAAAGUAAUGGCAAAGUGUCAGCAUGAAAACUUAGUAGAACUACUUGGUUUCUCAAGUGAUGAAGAUGACCUCUGCUUAGUAUAUGUUUACAUGCCUAAUGGUUCAUUGCUAGACAGACUGUCUUGCUUGGAUGAUACUCCACCACUGUCUUGGCACAUGAGAUGCAAGAUUGCUCAUGGUGCAGCUAAUGGCAUCAAUUUUUUACAUGAAAACCAUCAUAUUCAUAGAGAUAUUAAAAGUGCAAAUAUUUUACUAGACGAAAACUUUACAGCUAAAAUAUCUGACUUUGGGCUUGCACGGGCUUCUGAGAAGUUUGCCCAGACUGUCAUGACUAGCAGAAUUGUGGGAACAACAGCUUAUAUGGCACCUGAAGCUUUGCGAGGAGAAAUAACACCCAAAUCUGACAUCUACAGCUUUGGUGUGGUUUUACUAGAAAUAAUAACAGGACUUCCAGCUGUGGAUGAACACCGUGAACCUCAGUUAUUGCUAGAUAUUAAAGAAGAAAUUGAAGAUGAAGAAAAGACGAUUGAAGAUUAUAUUGAUAAGAAGAUGAAUGACGUUGAUUCUACUUCUGUUGAAACUAUGUACUCUGUUGCUAGUCAAUGUCUCCAUGAAAAGAAAAAUAAGAGACCAGACAUUAAGAAGGUUCAACAGCUGCUGCAAGAAAUGAUAGCUUCUUAAAACUUGACUGGAAUAGACUCUUGGCUUUUUAUAUACAGCUAUCUAACCAUUUUUUAAACUAAAUUUUUUUGUAAACAUUCUUCUUUACCUUUUACAAGGCGGCAUGAUUGUGUAGAACCCCCAACAUAUAGAACAAACAAAAGUAGAAUCUCUGUAUCAACACUUAGCCCUACCUUUUUAGUGUCACCCUCAGUUCUUGGAGUAGUCCCUGAGACAUCUCCUUGGAACCUCACCACAGUUUGAAAACAACAGGAUUAGCAAAAAAAGGAGUACAGGACUAUAGGGUGAAAAGAUGCUGGGCUGAAGCCCGACUCCACUACUAGAAUGCUCUAAAGCUUUGGGCAGUCUCUUAGCUGCUUUGAGCCUUGGUUUUCACCUUUAAUGUUAGACUAAUAUCUACUGUGCCUCUCUGACAGGUAGUCAUGAAAAUCAAAUGAUGCAAAAUAUGUACAAGCACUUUGUCACUUGUAAAGUGAUAUAAAAUUUAAAGUUUAUAUAGACUAUUAUAAAAUCCUA